AGAUGGUCAAAAAAGGGCGAAAUUUUCAUGGAUUUGAAAAGUUUGAUCCACCAUCACGGACAUACCUACGAAAACAGGAAAUCAACCAUGCAACAAUAAAUUCGUCAAAAUGAUCUUCUAUCUCUUUUGUCAUGGCUCGAUACGCAUCAGUGGAUAAAAAUAUUUAAACUAAAUUUGAAUUUUGUUCCCAAAAAACAUCUCAACUAGACUUUCUUAAAUUCUAUGGUGACGCAAGAAAAAUUGACGAAACAUAUUCACCAAAUUUUAAGAACAUAGAAACGCGUGUAGGAUCAUAUAUCAUCAAAAAAUGUCGACUGUAAAAGUAGGCCACAGAUGACUAAACAUUGCAUGUGCCAUGUACCAUCGUGUGCGAUCUUCACUUGUUUUUGGACACGGAAACGAUGGGUCCAACAUCACCGCGACGCUCCAGCGCGCUCCUCUUCAAGUUCAUCCAGUUAAUACUUUUGAAAUCAGUCGUUACUACUUCUUGUGAUAAUUGUGAAAAAGAGAUGGUAUCAAUAAAGCCACAUAGUGACGUCAAAUAUUUUGAUCUUCCUACGGCGGACGAACCUGUUAAGACUUGGAUGGACGUACAAAAAGGCAUUUACCCAAACACUUCAUAUAUUGAUUCAACCCUUGAAGUAGGGGAACCUAUAACAAUUUUCAUUUACAUGAGAGAUCCUAGCAACCUGUUUGACAUCAAGGUUACCGACUGUUGGGCUUAUGAUGAUCAAGAAAUUGAGAAAUCACAGUAUAAGUUACAUUUAACUGAAGAACAUUCAGCUAAGAAACGCAAACUUAUUGACAAGUGGUACAAAAAAGAAAAUCCAAAAGGUAGCACCCUUAAGUGUUUUAUGUACACCGACUUGACAUCCUUCAAGUUCCCUGAUAAGGAUCAAGUUUACCUGAAAUGUGAUAUACAGUUGUGCUUUAAAAGAUGUGAUAAACUAAUACAAAAAAUAACUUAACACUUGUACUUGUAAAAAUACUGCAGGUUUGUGUUCAG